AUGGCACCGAAAGCUUUGACGGAUUGCCCCGAGAACCUUCGAGAGGCAAUCGACUGGCUCAUCCAGGUGAAGCAGGGUGGUGGGAUUGCGACGCUGUGCCAGGCUCUAGGUGAGUUGCUUGACAAUGUUGUUCAGGACGCUGGGAAAUCUCUGCCGUCUCUCCCCGAAUCAGAUGAGCCGUCCGCCGGAGAUGUUGUCGGCCAACUUAAAGAGUUUCGGAGCUCUUUUCCGAAAGACUCUGAGAACACUAAUCAAAACAUUUUACAUAAUAUCUGUUCCGCCCUUGAGACAUUUGUAGGCUAUAAGCCUCCUGGAACCUACGAUGGUUCCGGGAUCGUGUAUGGCUCCGCCUCCCGUCUGUGCGAUGCAGUCUUGUCUUUCUUGAGUAGAGUGAUCAGUGAUGUCGGUGAUAAUCAGCCGUAUGUUGUUGGCGGAGCUUUGUUGAGUGGCCUAGUUAGCGAUCUUAAAAAUGCCAGGUGGACUGGGCACCAUGGCUACAAGGCUGUCGUCCCCAAAGUGGCCAGUGGCCUCGGGGAGUAUAACAGAAAGGUUAAGGCCUCGAACGACAAAGUCAAGAGGCCGAUUGAUGAGAUGAUCGCAUACGUCAAAGAGGUCGGUGGUGAGUUAACUCCUAAGAUAAGUGAGUUAAAUGAAACUAAUCCUUCAGAUCCCGACGUUAAGGCGGCCGAGGAAUUGGCGAAGGAGUGCGUUGGAAGAGGUAAGGACUUUGGUAAAGCCUUCAAUGUAAAAAACUAUAAGCAUUACAUGAAAGAUGCGUUUGAUGAUUUGAAUGCAUCCUUGCGUGAAAAAAUUCAUAAUGCCCGUAACAGCGUCGGCCGUGAGACUGCGAUGCUGAGCAGGUGGUCCAAAAAGCAACGUGACAAUUAUAACGCUAUGAUCAAAUUGAUCAAGCAGGCCUUCCAGAAGCUCAAAGAUAUGAUCAAUUCGAAGAUUGAGAAGGAAGUCACCGACCUAGUUGAAUCACUGAAGGGCUUGGUUAAGAACAUUUUGGCUAAGCUUGAAAAUAUUAGUAAGACGCUGGGGAAAAUAAUAUCUGAUCUGGGCAAAUGGAUGAAGGAGGCAGAGGAAAUUAUAAAUGCAGCCUUGGGACUGGUCCAGAACAUUUACGAUGAACUUGACGACCCGGGAAAAAGUAAGGAUAAACUUGACACUGCAAUUAAAACGGUUGAGAAAAAGCUGGAGCAAAACGUCAAGGAUUUGGAAACUUGGAAAACUGAAGCAGAUAGUGUCGUCCAACAUGCUAUUAGUAAUUCCACCCAAGUCCAUACAGCCUUGGAUAAGGGGAGUGCCACUCCUGGAUCCAUUGGCCAGAACAUCACGAAAAUUACCGACGCAAAUUCUGCAAUUUCGGAAGCUAAUACGCAACUUGGCCAACGUGUUGGUGACCUGGGAGCGUGGAAAGAUGCGGUGGACAAAGUGCUUGAAGGUGUGAUUUUGCACUCUGAAGAUGUGCAUGGGAAGUUGGAUUAUGAAUUGCAAGAUCCGAUUGCAGGGACAAAAAUUGGUCAAGGAGUUUGGAAGAUUAAUGCAGCCAAGGGUGCAGUUUCACGUGUUGAUGGUGAGCUUAAGGAAAGGGUUAAGGAGUUGGGACAGUGGAAUUCUGCGGCCAGGACUGUACUUAGCACAGCGGUUCAGAAGGCGGGAGAGGUGCAUAGGAAGUUGAACCCAGAUGGUUCAGACACUAUUGGCAAGAAAGUUACUGCAAUUACAGAAGCUAAAAAUGACCUUGACGGGGCAAACGAAAGACUUCGUGAACAAGUUGGUAAGUUAGAUGGAUGGAUUACCGAUGCGGAGGAGAUCCGUAAAAAAGCGCAGAAAAAGGCUCAGGAAGCAUUUGAUAAGUUGGACUACAAAAAGGAGCUUGCUGACAAUAUUAAGAAAAUAGAGAAGGCCAAUAAGGCAAUCAACGGAAUUCAUAAAAAUCUGCAGGGUGUUGAAAAAAGUUUGGGAACGUGGAAAAGUAAGGCCUACGAUGUCCUUGAAGGGGUGAUUGGGAAGGCGGAAGAAGUAUAUAACAAGUUAGAAAGUGAGAUUGGUGCGGAAAUCACGAAUAUUGAGCAACGUAAUAAGGCCAUACAGGGUGCAAAUACAGAGCUUGGCACUGAAGUUCAGCAUUUAGGUAAGUGGAAGACUGCGGCGGAGAAAGUUAUUGAAAAGGCGGAUAAGAAGUGUGAUGCAAUUUUGGAGAAAGUUGAUACUAAGGAUGGAACAUCAAAAGGUGAAAUAUUCCUUAAAGCCAAAAAGUUAAGUGACGACGGCAAAAGCCUUUUCAAGGCUGCGGAGCAGGCCAAGAGCCUUGUUGAGUCUCGGGUUAAAGAAGCUCUUGGACAGGUAAAAGAGAUGGACUCUAAGCUUAAAGAGGAUUUGUAUAAUAUCAAGACGCAACUUAUUCAAGGGAUUAAAAAUGUGGUUGAGCAGAAAAUUAGGGAUUUGCCUGAUAAAGUGAGAGAUGAUUUGCAGCAGUUGAGGAAUGAUAUUGAGAAGCUCAAUCAGAAUGGUGGCGACAGUCUUGUUCAAGAUCAGUUGUCUCAACUUAGCCACCACAAGGAAAAAUAUUUGGAUCAAGUUGUCAGCCUAAUUCAGAUUCAGACGAACAAAAACCUUGAAAGUAAUUUUAACGCACAUAUACAAGUGAAGCUUAGCAAUGCGGUCCGUAAUGUUGACAAUGCAAUUAGGGAUCUUGGCCAACAUUUUAAAGAAGGCGGCAUGGUAGGAAAGCAGAAUAUUAAAGAGAUUUUCGAUCAUAUUCAUGAGAAAGUAGGGGAGAUUAAGGGGAAGGCGGGAGGAAAUAAUUGGCAUAACUCUGGUGGCUCAGGCCUUGAAGGGAUUAAGAGUAAGGUGGAUUUUUAUUUUCAGGAAUUUGGCGGCGGGAAUGACGGGAAUAAGUUUAAAUAUGAAAGAGUCACCGGCUGGCUGGAUGACAUUCUGCAGCACAACGGUGUGGUCAAAAAGCUGCUUGGCUGGGAGCGUAAGGGGGCGCAGGCGCUUGAUAAGGAGCUUCAUGACAGUGGUCUCGGAGGCUUCAUUAAGGAACCGAUUAAUCCCAAAAUUGACGAUGCCGUUAAAGUGUUCAGUGGUGUUAAUGCCGUCGGCAUCAAAGAUAAGAUCACAAAGGUCAAGGAUGCGUGCACAAAGUUCGCCGAGGCGCUGGACGACGAAUUGAAGAAGAAGCCGGGUACCGGCGGUAGCGUCAAUGAACUAGUCAAGAAUGUUAAGCAGGCGUUGACUAGUCACAUUGGCGAUAACCAAUACAGCAGAAAACAGGCCUUAGUAAAGGUCUUAGGAACGGCAAAAUGCAGCUGUAAGUGCCAACCGCACUGCAACGGCAGCAAGAAAGAUUGCACAAAAUGCGAGAGACCCGAAUGCAUACUUUCGCAAGCCGCCGAGUCCAUCCUCUGCGCACUCACCUCCACGGUGAGACAGGUCGGCAAGGAACUGAAGUCUGUGCUACUCGAGCCCCCAAGCGCCAACAUCGCAGAAAUGUUGGACAAGAUCACGCCGACUGUGGACAAUCUUGAUAAGGCGCUUAAAGGAGCAACUGAGCGACAAUCCAAAAAACCACCCGGUCCCAGCAAAGAUGAAGGCCCCGCCCAGGCCGUGGACAAUAGGUUGCAGGAUGUGAGGAAUUUUGUGAAUGGAUCAAAAAAUGACAGUGAAAAUAUGGCCAGCAAGUUUAGGAAUGAAGUCACACAACAGCUCAAAAAUGCAGUUGAAGGACUUCCCGGCAAAGUCACGGAGUUCGACGAGAAAGCCAAAGAGCAGAUCAAGGCUGCGGCCAAGACGGCGAUUGACAAGGCGGUUAACGUGAUAAGUGACAGCAAUAGUGUAACUGAAGAGGACGUGAAGACAAAAAUGGACAGUUUCCACGCGGCGCACAGUAAUACAACAACUCAACUCCCAACAGAACUCAAAAAAGAAAUUGACCAGCACAUCGGGGAUGAUGAUGGUCCGUCGGCAGGCGGCGGAGCAGGUAAAAUAAAGAAUUUCGCUGCAAGUAAAUUCGGUAGUUACCAAAAUCACGUCAACGCAGAAGAGCUUGAAAAUGUUCUUAGAAACCCCGAUAACCUAACAGGCAUCAAACAAGCCGGCACACUCCCCCAGGUGAUCGGGGACAUAAAGACUGUGGGUCUGGCAGAACUUAAUAAGCAUAUUGGUCAGAAUGCAGGCGCCGCACAAAUUACUGAUACAACCUUCACCGGUCCGUUCGAAAAUAUCAAGAAAGAGCUUGAAGCGAUCCAGGAAUUGGUUGAUGAGAACGGCAAGCCGGCAGGCAGUGAAGAUGGUAUUCAAAACUUGCUAGAAAAGCUUAAGAAGGGGCUUAACACAGAUAAGUUGGAUGGAUCUGACGAAAGCCUUAACACAAUAGAAAAUGCGAUUAACACUUUGCAAACAGGUACGUUUGAAGAGCAACCCAAACAAAUCGGACAGGCCAUCUCAACCAUUAAGUUGGAGCUUACAAAGCUUAGGAAGGAGUUGAAGAAUUAUGCCAAGCCGGAAAAUGCCGUGAUAAACGCUUUGCAAGAUUUGCAGACGAACGGUCUUGCAAUUGGUGAUUGGACAUUUGAAGGAAAGUGGAAAAAUACAGACAAUUUAACAGCAAUACAAUACCGAUUUAAAAAUCAGAAUAAUAUAUUGCCUAAACAGACAGAAAUAAUCACCAAGGCCAUAACCGCAAUUGAGUUGGAACAUCUUAAGGUAGGAUUAAAGAUCAAAGGCAUCAUGAGUGAUGAUAAUGUUCUGGAACACUUGGAAAAAUUACAAAAGCAAAUUGGCGAGAAAGUUGCGGAAAAUGGGAAUCUUAAACAAAUUCGUAAUGUGAUUAGUGGGCUGCAAAGUAGAGAGUUUACUGAUAAACUCAGAGACAUUGCUACAGCCAAGGAGGGCAUUGUACAAGAACUUGGAAACCUGAGAACUAUGCUGCAAGGCACUCAAGGCCAAAAGGAUGACGUCAUACAUGCUUUGAAGGAUUUGAUGAACACUGGACUAAGUGGACAGGAUAAAUGGGCCGUUAAGGGUGUAGAUAAAAAAGGCCUUUUAAAAAUUCAUGGUGACCUUAACACUCAACAAAAGACGUUGAAUACACAGCCCGAUAAUAUCCAGAAUGGAGUCACCGAAAUUACCGGGGAGUUGACAAGGCUCCAAGGUGAGUUGGACAGCAAAGUCACCGAUAUGUUGACGGCACUAAGAGCUGACGGUCUUAAUACCACUGAUCCAUGGAUAAUUGAUACGUAUACCGCUAGGGGUAUGAACAAAAUUAGGAGUGAAAUUAAAGGGCUAAAAGACCUUGAGUUCACAGAUAAUCCCAAACAAAUCACUCAACGCAUCCAAGACAUCAAACGUGAACUCGACGAACAAAGAAACAAGUUGGAGCGUGAAGUUACCGCCAGGCUGCGGGACUUGCAAAGCAAAGGCCUAGCCGACGGUGAGUGGAACCUUGGCAGCCAAAAAAUCAGUGGCCUUACUAAAAUCACGAAUGGGAUCAGCGACAUAAAAGCAGAGAAUGUUGAAGACGUUAAGCACAAACUCAGCAUUCUGCGCGGCGUCAUUAAGUACACUGCCAGGGAUAUCAGAGGCAGCCUGAAGCAACUGAAGGACAAUAUGCUCGGCAACAGGCUCAGAAAAAUAAGAGAUGAUCUUCAGCAACUGCACAUCACGCUGGUAAAAGGUGCCAUAAAGGACUGCAAGGCUUUCAUCGACAGGGACGCCGACGUGUUCAAGCAGCGAUGCAUUGAUGAGCUCACGCAUUACGUUAACCAGGAACUCAAGGCAGCAGAGGAAGAGCUAUUACAGGAGGAGCGCCGGCAGUACGUGUCCACCAUAAAGGAGAUGCUGUCAGCGUUCGCCGCCAAGGUGGAGACUGAGCUGGAGCAGUUGCCCGGCGCAAUAAACAGGGACCUGUACACAGGCUACAAGGGGUUGAUAAAAUACCUUCACGGCCCUCUGAGUUCCGAUUUGACGGGCCAUGAGAAGGGUAUUCCCAAAAUAGCCUCCGCGUUCCAGGAGGUGUAUGAGCAGUUGCAGACGUAUCUCCUGGGGGAGAUACGGAGGGAAGCCGACCAGCAAAACAGGAAGAAAAAUCCUUCGCUCCCGCCGUCCGAGGAGCUGUACAGCGCUAAGCUCAACGAGGUGUACGCCGCGCUGAGCAACUUGCUCACCCACCUCAGGGACAGCCAUGGCUUUGACCACAGACUCAGAGGGCUGCUCAAGCAGCUGACCAAAUCGCUCGCCGGGAUGAGACCGGAGUCCUUCCAGCAGCUGUCCACGCCGACGCUCGACACCGUAGCACGCGGACUCGGCGCCUUUGCGGGGGAGUUCACAAACGUCUACGUCAGUGCCUACUCCGGGCAGACGUUCACCGCUGAGUUGGUAAAGACACAGAGUGCUGACCAAAGCGCUGGGCAAGCGUCCGACCAAAACAUCAAGUUGACACCUUAUGGCGCCAAGUGUGCCAAGGUCUUCCUCAGCACAGUGCCGAUACUCUGCGAAUUGAUCGACGUGAACGUUACCUGUAUGCUACCCCAGUGGGCCAAGAGGCCUAUUUUCCAAAACGGCCAAGAAAAUCCCCUGGCGUCAUUUUUCGCAGAGCGAGGCUACAACGUUCCCUCCUCCGCCGAGAAACAGGACGGCGAGCUGAGGUGCGGCCUCACCGGCAUGGCACUCGGCACGCUGUUGACUAAGGAUAAUACGCUCUUCACAUACCUAGGCAAACGCGACGGCCCGCUCCGGGAACUCUGCAAAUACCUCAAAUAUUACUACCGAGUGUUUCACUUCAUCCGCCGCCCUAGGACCAAACGGGCGUGUAACGUCUACGAGAUGCUCUGUUGGCUGACGGGCAUUAAGUACAACUGUGUCUAUGAUAAGUUGCGUAAAUGCAUUAAAAUGUGUCACGAGGAGCAGACUGAGAAUAGCCUAUAUCCCACCGCAUUGACUGCCGAUGCUUUGGUUUCCGCCGUUGACAGCCUCACCGCCGACUCUCCCACCUUGCUCACCAGGGUGCUCGGCUACGGCAACGCAUUCACAACCUACGCCGUUGACUUCUAUAACAACUCACUGCAACUGUACUACCCGCAGGACGGCGAGGACUGCCUGCACAUGAUGCUUCAUUACUUAUGCCUAUUGCUCUCAGUGCUCAGAUAUCUGCUCUCUCAAUGCUCACUUGCCGCUCACCACGGCGGCUGGGCGGAGUGCAAGUACGGCAGGGGGGUCCCACCAUACACGUGGCAGUGCGAUCCUCCACUCAGCGCUCUGCCUAACCCUCACCCAGAGUGCUCCGAUAAGUCACCCCUGAUGUCGUACCUCAACGACUGCCUGCCCGGCCACCUGCCUCACCAGUUAACGUCUGUCGGUUGCAUCUCAUCGCUGCUCAGCCUCGAACCCAGACCGCCGGCCACCUUGGCUGAGCACUUUGCCUUCGCCUUGUCGCUCGUCAACGACUGGCACGACGGCAAGGUUGUGCCUAAGAAUAGCCUUCAACAGGCCCUCGAGGCAUCCGCCACAGACUUGUCACUUCGGCUGUGUAAGCAACCUCAUCAGCUGACCGCAGCGCUCACCGCCGCCUACGGCUCGGACUCCGCGAAACACGGCGGAUGCAAGCACCCGCACCUCAUGCAUCUCGCAGCCUCCGACUUCUGCACAAGACACCAAGCUUCGCCCUUCCUCUCCACCCUCUGCCGUGGUAUGUACGACAGCCUCGCCCACCGACACUCCGACCUCUACCUCUCAUGGGCCAUCUACCUCCCUUGGACGUUCUACGAGAUGUUGCUUUGUCUAUACACCGCGUUCAAGGAAAUCUCCUGCCGCGACUGGGGCUGCGGUGAUUGCCUUCACGAAGGCCCCUGUGACGAGGGAAGCCACGGCGUCCGCACUCCACAGUCACCUGCCUCCGGCUGCCGAUGCCCCUCCAUAGUCCAGUGCAGGGGAGCGAUGCCGACCUUGUACAGUUACGGCCUCACGUUCGGGGACGCAUCGGCCUUGAUCUCGCAGAACGAGAAUUGUUCCACCCUCGCCAAGCAGCUCAGCCAAGUCCUCCACUCCGACCACUUCACGGAGUUGUUUCACGAGAUCGACAAACUCCUCUACCGCAUCCGUGCACCCUUCCUCUUCUGCGUCGCAGCACUCUGGCUCAUCGCCACGCUCUACAUAAUCAUCGUACUCCUCUACCGCAUGGACAUUUUGCGCAUCCGCUCGCAACUCCUCACCACCAGGGCCUCCCACCUCGUCGACGUUAAGGCCCUCCUCUCCACAGGCGGCAGGAUGCUCUCCCUCUACCAGGACGUGGAUUACUUCGAUGACGAUAUACUCACUAAAUGA